AUGAGCCAAUCAAAUUCAACUCAGAUUCCACCAAAUCUCACGUUGAGUAUGGUAGAGGCCAAGGAAAAGGAGUUGGCGGCUCGUCAUGAAGCUAUUCGACAACGACAACGACAAAUUACAUCGGAAGUGGGACCUCCACCAAACUUUCCACCGGAGUUUUUGUGCAUCAAACCCCAAAUAUAUCACAAUAUUAGAGAACAAAUACCUGUGCAGCAUCAGAGGUUUAUGUAUAUACUUUGUACUUUGUAUAUAACAACUAUUAUUCUUAUUAUUUACAAUCUUGUGUGCGCAUUGGUAAACUUUCUUCUUGGUGGUAGCGCCAUGCAUUUUGGUCUUUCAUUUUUGUAUCUACUCGGUAUUCCAGGUGCUUUUAUUGUAUGGUAUUAUAAUGCAUAUUGUGCAGUUCUCGAUAAAUCGUAUCCACGUCAUCUUUUAGCUUGUUUUGGUAUUUUUGUUGGAUUGGGAUUUGAUGCCUGGAUGGCUGUUGGUGUACCUGGCUUUGGUGGAUGUGGAUGGAUAAUAGCAUUUGGACGAACAGGUAAGGUUCCCGCAUUUAUCAUGUUGUUAAUAUCAUCUUGCUUGUGGUCGCUUCAUGGAGUUAUACUUUUUUUUAUGUUUGUGUUCUUCUGGCGUUCCUUCUCACGUGGACGGAUUUCACGAUAUGAACAAACUGCGUUGUAG